AUUGCCAGUGCGCAGGCGCACCGGCAAGUGCUGAAUUUUUAUGGCGUCCCUUACUUGGAUUUUGCAAGGGCCGUCGAAGCAGUUCCACAGCUCUGGACAGCCAGGCAUGCACACCCAACAUACCAAACCCAUCAGGCAGUUGCAGACAUGCUGGCCUUCAGCUUGGGGAAGGUUUGGGACCACAUGUUGAAUAUGAAAGUGGAAGACAUGGAUCUGAAGCGGGAUUUUAGUAAAGCAUUGCACCCAGCGAAGUACCGCAACAGGUUCCCUCGCUGCAUGUACCCAUGCUCUGUCCUUUCGGCUGUCCAUUCAUCGACAGUUCAGCCGAAGAUUCUCAAAGGAAAUUGGACCUUGUACGAAGACCGCCCUGGAAAACCAGGAUGGAUUUCAACGGAACCUGGGUCUUUAAUGCAGGUCGAGCUGUGUUUCCGGCAGAGCCCUACAUUCACCUUUACAUACUUGAGGAGUUAAUUUUUUUGAAUGGUAGGAAUGUGACAAUUCCAGGUCUAUGGGCCAGCGCUGCCAAAGUGUCGCAGUCAGAAACCUUUUUCUCAGAUGCUGGCCGGAACUUGUUGCAGCCAGGUUUUCAAGGAGUUGCAGGCUUCAAUGUCACGCCAAAUUCGACUUUACCACUCCUCAUUGAAAAUUUGAAAGUGGGAGGCCGCGACAACAAGAUGAAAGUUAUCGAAAUUGUGUCAUGCUAAUGAUUCAGGUUGUCUGGCGUUCUCAAAAAGAAACGCUUUUUUUUCUGUGACAUGGCAUCCUGGUGCCCCUGGUCAAGCGGAGCAGAAAA